CUCACCAAAUAAGCGCCGGCGAGACAUUCAGCACAUGGUAUGCUUGUUCCACAACAGAGCGUUAUCAGUUGUGUGUGCUAGAAGAGGGCUGUAUGUCUCCAAGGCCCUUGCCAUUGGCCGUUCAUCUUCUCCUGCGCGGCGGAGCGAAAGGCGGGGGAACAGGGCAAGAAAGAGGCGCUAAGAGGACCCCCUCUUCAUUUUGCGUUUCUUCUCCGCCCUUGCCUUCGGCACUCUUCAGCAGGCAGGCACGCACGCACGCACAAAGGCGCUGCUGCCACUCCCAUUCGAAGAGCCCAUGCAUACACCGCCUAAACGAAGCUCGAUCCGCUCUCUCGCAUAAGCUUUGCAGCAAGCAUCGGACCCAGCGGCAGACUGUAGAGGCAAAAGGGCACUGCGACGACUUACGCAAGGUGGAGCUUCGUCUGCAACCUCCGUGCUUAGGAUAGUGCACGGUAGAUACUCUCUUGUCGCUCCCGGUCCCUUUGCAAAGGCAAAGCUUAGGCCACAUCUCGUGGGAAAAGCGCCGAGGCGUGCCAAAGGUAGGACCAGGGUCGUGUGGUCAGGUCUUAUUUGCAAGUGGUCAAAGCAAGGUGUGGUAAGUGGCCCUGAAGUGAGGGAAGGCCAGGCAUUCACAGUGUACAGCAAUGGACCGCCGAGGCCACACCGAGUUGCUUGGCUGAUUCAGUGGCCGUGGUAACGACGAGGGCGUGCUCUAGCCUUGGCCUGCCUGGUUUGGCCGGUCGCUGCAGAAGGCUGUAGGUGCUGCAAUGCACCUUGAACGAGAA